AUGAUUUUGAACCUUGGCAAGGGGACAAUCCUUGCCUUUCUGACUGGACUGGGCACUGUGGGGAACACCGUUGUUCUCGAAAGUCACACACGCAUGUAUCGGGGCUCUGAGAAGAAAGCCAUGCACCUUAUUCUCAUCCAUUUGGCCUUCACGAAUAUCAUAAUGCUUCUGUCCAAAGGCAUUCCAAGGACAAUAGCUGCUUUUGGGGUGAGACACUUCCUCGAUGACACAGGCUGUAAGGUCGUGUGCUACCUGGAGCGGGUGGCCCGGGGCCUCUCCAUCUGCACCAGCAGUCUCCUCACGGUCUUCCAGGCCUUCACCGUGAGCCCCAGUCACUCCAGGUGGAGGAGGCUCCAGCCCAGUUCUUCACGAUACAUUCUUCUUUUGUUUCCCUUCCUCUGGAUAUUCAGUUUUUUGACGAACAUCAACUUACUCCUUUACAUCACGAGUGCUAGUGAGAACACAUCACAAAUUAGCACGAGUGACUACUAUUGUUACUUUCAGCCAGAAAGUCAGAAGGUACGAUUGAUGAUUCUUGGUACCAUGGCCUUCCGGGACGCUGUGUCUCAGGGCGUCAUGUGCGGCGCCAGUGGCUACAUGGUGCUUCUUCUCCAUCAGCACCACCAGCGUGUUCUCCAGCUGCGGAGCUCCAAGGUCCUCUGCAAAACUCCCGCCGAGGUCAAAGCUGCCCAAAGUGUUCUCCUUCUGAUGCUCUGUUUCCUCCUCUUUUAUUGGGCAGAUUGUGUUUUUAAUCUACUUCUGAAUUUCUUCCUUGAGAAUAAUCUCAUAUUAAAUUUUAAAGAAUUUCUCACCCUUGGUUACGCGAUUCUCAGCCCCUUUGUGCUGAUUCACAGAGAUGGACAUGUAGCUGAAUGCUGCUCUUCUCAGAGGGAGAGAGGGACUUUCAGAAAAUAUUUACUACCUGCAUGCUUUCCAUAA